AUGGACACUAGAUUUAUCCACAAUUUCUGAUUAUCUUGGAGAUAUUUACGGGAUUUAAGAAACCAUUUGACCGGUCUUUUUAGUUCUUCCUUUGACUGGAAAACAAAGAAUUUUCGUUGAUAAAUUUUGUUCCAGAUGGAUGCACAAGAGGAGACAUGGCAUAAAGGGAUAUUGGAGGACCAUAUGAAAAGAGAAGACAUGGGGACAAAUAAAAAUUGCGAUGUAACCCCACAUAUAAUGUUGAACUCACGCGGUGCCUGGGAGCCACUGGCUUCUGGAUCUGGAGGAAUACCAUUCUGGGAGUACCCGCUUCCUAAACUAGAGAUCAUAAUUUUCUCCACAUUCAUAUCCUGGCGUUUUUUUGAUAUCUUGUUCAAGAAGUUAGGUGUUCCUAUUCCAAGGUUCACCUCCAUGAUGCUUGUUGGAGCAGUCUUAAGUGAGUCGUUUCAGCCGAUGCAGAUGUCAUGGUUUCGACACAUUUUUAUCCCUGAUGAUUAUAUGCCAAAUGUUGCUGAGACCAUUGGUACAUUUGCUUUCACUCUAAAUUGGUUCCUAAGGGGUGUGACUACGAAUGUUGGCAUGCUUAAAAAGUCCAAAACUAAGAGUACUGCAAUUGGAGUCACCUCAAUGAUAAUCCCAUGGUAUAUUGGAAAAAUCGUUUAUGCAUCUAGAGAGAAAUCAAGCAUCCUAACCAUGAGACGUGUGGAGUAUUCUAUAAUUAUAUUCACCACGACCAUGGCGCCAUUCACUUGCAUCAACAUGCUCCUUACAGACCUCAAAGUAGUUCACACUGAGUUCGGCCAAAUCGCUCAGUCUUCAGCAAUGGUAAUAGAUGUGCUUGCUUUUUCCAUGAGCGUAUGGGCUAACGCUGGCUACAGUUAUAGAACUGGUAUGCGGAUGGGAGUUGCUCUUAUGAUCUUCUUUGUUUUCUUGUACCUCGUGCGACAAGCCAUGCUUUGGGUGGUUAGACAUACACCAGAGGGAGCACCUGUGAAAAGCAUUUAUCUCUACAUUGGUCUCUUGCUAGCUUACUUGUCUCACCUUUAUUGGACUCGCUUCUUGUUCUUCGGACCGUUGGGUGCGUUUGUUCUUGGUUUGGCAAUCCCAGACGGACCACCACUAGGAUCGCUCUUUAUAAAAAGAUUCGACAGUUUCAAUGAGGGCAUUUUCUUACCACUCUUUGGAUCAUUUACCAUGAUGAAAUUAGAUUGGUCGUUUCUAAUAAAGGAGAUUGGAAGUGGAAAGUUUCUCCAUGGACAUACCUACGAGUGUUUUUCAUUCAUUCUCGUCUUAUACGUAGCGAAGUUUGUGACGUCUUUCCUCUCAGCCAUAGCUGCAAGGAUGCCAUUGAGAGACUCAGUUAUUCUAGGUAUCAUUAUGGGCACCAAGAGUAGUUUCGAGCUGGCUUACGUACUUCAAGCCUUCGAAAAAGAGGCAAUUAGUGUGGAGAUUUUCUCGCUUAUGGGCAUAUACAUUCUCGCAAACUCUUUGUUAACACCGAUGGCUAUACAUUUCUUGUACGACCGGGCCAAGAGAUUUGCGUGUUACGGGAGAAGAAGCUUGAAACAUAGGUCGGAACUACAAAUGUUGGUGUGCAUCAACAAGCCUGACAAUAUUACAUCCAUGAUCAACCUUCUAAGAGCUACCGCACCAUCUAAAGACUCUCCAGUGUCGUGUUGUGUUCUUCACUUACUUGAGCUUGUGGGUAAAGCUACUCCCAUGUUUAUCUCCCACCAGCUUCAGAAACCAAAGCCUGGAAGCAGAUCUUACUCGGAAAAUGUCAUAAGCUCUUUCAAACUGUUUCAAGAGAUUAAUAGGGACUACACAUCUAUACACGUGUUCACCUCUUUAACUGCAGCUAAAGAGAUGCAUGAACACAUUUGUUGGUUUGCUCUUGAUAAAAGUUCGUAUCUUAUUCUCCUCUCUUUUCACCGCACUUGGGGGGCUAAUGGUUAUGGCGUUACCUCCGACGAUCAAACACUAAGACAUCUUAAUCGUAACGUCCUGAAACGAGCACCUUGCUCGGUAGGAAUCCUUGUUUAUCGUAAACCAAUGUGGCCACCCAAAUCAAUAGAGUCUCCAUGCAGGGUGUGCUUGGUUUACGUGGGAGGUGACGAUGACAAAGAAGCAUUAGCAUUAGCAGACCACAUGAGAGGUAACCAGAACGUGAGUGUAACGGUGCUGACUCUGAUCCCUAUAUCGAAAACCGAGGAGGGCAGCGAGUUGAGUCAGAGUCAAAUGGUAGACACGUGCCAAGUUGAAGAGAAGCCAGGAGAUAACUCCAUCACGUACAUUGUUAGGAUGGUGGAGGAUGGGAAUAAGACUUCUGAGAUUCUGCACUCCGUGGCUUAUGACUAUGAUAUGUUUUUAGUCGGGAGAAGUAGCGGGAUCGGUACUGCGGUCACCAAAGGACUCGGUGAUUGGAUGGAGUUCGAUGAACUCGGAGUCAUAGGUGAUUUGAUAGCAUCUGAAGAUUUUCCUUCUAGAGCAUCAGUCUUGGUCAUCCAACAACAAGAGUGAGCUAUAGAGCAUAGUAGAUUUUCUCUCUUCCUAAAGUAAAAUUAAACAAAGCUUCAAUCAUUGUUGAGAUUGAGAUCAUUUACGACCAAGAAACGUAAAUUGGAUCUUGUACUUUUUAUCCAUAGGACUCUCAA